UCUAACACCACUACACUCACCUCACACCCACGACUCUUAACCACUGACCUAUCCUCUACAAUACACUAUACACCACAGACGACAAACCGCAUAUACACAAUGCUUCUCCGGCCUCUCCUCCGCCCGACUUCUCUCCCCUCUCUCACCCUCUCCUCCCGGACCUACGCAUUAUCCUCCUCACCUAUCUCUGCAUCCUUCUCCGUCGCAACCCGCAGAUCAUCCCAGCGAAACCCAACAACAACAAGUCUGCAGUGGUCACGCCGCCCCCUACUCUUUGCAAUCGGCCUCUCUGCUGGUGCAGCACCCUUUGUGGUAGGGCGACCUCUAGCACGACUGGAUACAUCACCUUCCUCACCUGCGGACGCCGCCCCGUUCAGCUCGUCUUCCUAUACCCACUCGCGAGAUGCAAAGACCCCUUUGACCAAAGACGGCAAGACGCUCAACCCAGCCGCCGUCAAGCAGAUCAGUCUAGGUGCCAUAUUGGGACUCGGCGCCGGUCUUGUCCUCAGUGCGUUUUCCACCAGCUUGACUCUGUUACUCGGCUUGGGAAUUGUCAUUUGGCAGUAUGCGGCGAGAAAGGGAUACAAUUUCAUCCCCGUCGAUCGUCUCCAGCGUUAUGUCAAGGGUGUCAAUCUCAGGAGUGCCAUCAAUGACAAUGUCGCUUUCAAGAUCAGCUUUGGCCUGAUGUUUGCCUUGUCGGCAUUUGGGGAGUUUUAACAUCUUUUGACCUCGUCAUAUCUCCCUCCUGUCACCAUUCAUGUGUAUAUAUACGACUUGAAAAUCAUGUGACUUUAUAUAAGCAAAAGCAUCGUCUGCAGAUACCCGACGGGUGGAACAGGGGGAAUUGAUCCAUGUCAGCAUGUCAUUAUGCCAUGUUUACCAGAGCUGAUUCCACCAUGAACUACCGUCCCUUGAAUCGAGGAUCCCUGUGAGCUACUCUAAACCAAUCAUCCAGUUUCUCCGCCACCCAGCCACUUCUGUCGACUGGUCAGAGGCGGUCAGGAUCUCGAAUGAUCCGACUGGUGCAUGAUGACGACCAACGCAUAGUGACACCAUUUCGCCUCUGUACCUGCGUUACAAAGGAAACUCAAACACAACCUCGAUCCAUGUCGACCCCUGGGACAACCACUCGCCUCACCUGAAGUCACAUGACCAGCCCAAGCGCCUGCUUCGGCUCCAUAUAUUCAUACCCAUUUAGAACUCCAUAUCCGGCAUUGCAUUCUUCAAGUCGAUUCAGGCUACUCCUCUCCUUUCAGGGACUCAAUGACCUCUUUG